AAAAAAUAUUUAAUCUAACCCUAAAAUCCAAACAAAAAAGUUUGAUCGUUCUGGCUCCAAAAAUUACGAAUUUCCGUACAAACUGUCAUCGCCUAAUUUAAUUUAACCCCCAUAAAGCGCAUUUAGGACGGAGUGAACGCCGCAUUUAUAUAUAUAAAAAAUAGAGAAUAAUGGAAACAUGGGAUUAACAAGCAACACAGGAUUGCUGGCGAGUGUGCAACAAAAGUCUACGAAUACCAAACAAAAGAGUACCAACUUGGAACUACGAUGCGAGGUAACACCGGCACCGUUUAUGCUGCGACCGUACGCGGGACUGUACAACCCGUUCCCUCAUGGAUGCUCAGUGCUGUGCAACCAUCCAGCUGACACAGAAGCCAAGGAAUACGUCAAACGAGCUAAAGACAAUUGGUUUUUAGAAGGAAAACAACAUUUUCUCCAUGAGGAUCUGGCGAAGUUUCAAGACCAAAAUGUACCGGAAAAAAACAAAACCCCGCACGAUAUUGUCACUGAAGACAUGUUCAGAAGGUAUGCGGAAACUGAUUCGAGACCCCUCACGCCAGCUCCGACGCUCGCCAGCGGUAAGUCCAGAGGCUCGAGGAGAUGCCUUACACCCGACCAGCCACAUCCAAGGACCACCAUCGUCCUGGACUUAAGAAGAAGUCACAGCCAAGAAACUCUUUAUUACCACGGAUACACAACGUCGGAUAUGACCGCUGGACAAACCACAACCGCAACCAACGAGCGCUCUACUCUACCUUCCUUGAACCUCUCCGAAGGCGCACACAACCGUUUACUAAAGGGCCAAUGUGAACAGCUACCACCAUUGGCCUCACCUCUCGUACUCUCAAAGAGAGCCAUGCCUGUGAAAGAGCCACUCAGUGUCAGAACAGCAAAAAAGAAUCAGUUAAAAGCUUUGAAUAUAGGCAAAGCUAUUAAGAGCAAAAAUAAAAACGAUGCGCCAGCCUCGCAGCGUUCAAAGGGUGACAAGGAAUCAAAUGAUGGCAGUGAAAAUGCAUUGGCAAAUAUGGAAGAAGGAGGUGAAAGUCGGAGACGCGGCAAAAGGCGGCGUAAGGGUCGUCAGGGCGGAAGCGAUCGUCUGACUUCUGCAGGUCUAGCUGCUCAGGCGCAGCAAGAUCCCGAGACACAGAUUGCCGGAAUAGGCACCGACUCCCAGAACCCCAGCUCUCGGGGAUCCAUCGCCCCCUCAGCUGAUGACGAAAUCAUUAUCUUGCCUGUUAUCAAAACGGGCACUGCCAGGAAGACGGACUCAUUCCUUGAUGAUGACAUCCUGAAAUACUUGCACAGGGAAGUUGAUGAGGAAGCUAUCGAAACUGAAUUUGAUACUAAACGUCGGUAUGUUCUAGAAGAAGCGCUAAGGACCCGUCCAGAACGACAGUUGGGUCAGGAGAUGCAGACUUUGCUUCGUGAAAUGAAAGUGCCGGCGAUGAGCCUCGGCGACUGGUUGCAUAUCCCCAGAAUCUUUUCCCGCCAAAAUGCGCAAUUCUCUUUACCCAUCGAUUCAUACGCGCUUGAGUCGUUAUCACCAAUGAAUUAUGCAGCUCGCUUCGUAACGUUGAAGAAAUCGAAGCAGUUACUCUACCUUACGGUACUCAGGAAGUUCAGGUUACGAGGAUACAGGAUGCCAAUUAAGAGCAUAGAGGAAGGUCUCGUCUUGAUGAUGGGCGGCAUCCUCACACCACAGCAGGCGGAACACUUCAAACGAAUCAUGGACUGGGAGAAUUACGAGGAAGAAGAAAACAUACCGGAUGAAAUCAAACUGACUUUAUUAGAGACAGGGUAUAAGAAGCCUAUAGUCAAUGACGGUGAAGAUGCAGAGGAGACCGACGAGAAUACUAUAAAGUACCGCACGUGGUGCGGUCUGUGUGCCAUCUGCGAACGGAUGUAUGGAAGGUUCGCCCCGCGGGACAAGGAUCCACCCGAUGGGAUGGAAUUAAGCGAUUUCACAAUGGUGGAAACCAAGCUAGUGACCCUAAAAGUCAAUAGGGGUUUAGUUGAAAUUUUAAAUGCGAUAAGAGAACGAUAAUAUAUUUAAUAUUACGUACCUAAUUAUAUUUUAGACUAUAUAUACAUAAUUUAUUAUACUUUUUGCACUUAUAUUUGUUGUAACUGGUUAGCUGUAA